GCUCGCCACUUUACAGAGCCGCCUCCUCCGAGUCGCGUCCGUACGAGAGCGGCAGUCAGGCGAUCGCUUCGCUCGUCUCGUGUUGUCGCUGGAACUCGCUCGCCCGACUCGAGCGGCUGUGACUACGCAGUUUACUCGAUUCUGACCUUGUUCUUCAAGGAGAAGACGGGUGCCAGCCGAUUAAGAAGAAGAAGAAGCGAAGAUAUCUUCGUCGACUCUUAGCGUCACGUUGCGCCGCGGAUUUGCUUCGAUUCUUUCUUCAAUUUCGUGAAAGAUCCCGGACACGAUUGUCGUAAUUUGCAUUUUUCAGAAAUUUGACAACGGAAGAGACAUGUUCCCGAGAAUUUCAAAGAUACCUGGCGACGUGUUCCCUUCGAAGAGGGAGAGCCAAGGCCACAUCGGUGAUUUAGGGGAGAUGCAGCGGUUUCAGUUGGAAGAACUUUUAGAAAGACAGAGAAGAAUCCUUGCCAACAAGAAAUUCAUCUCUAGGCUUCCCGACAAGGGAGAGAAAAUUAUAAGCUGCCACGAUAAGGUACUGAAGGAGCUCGAACGCAGGAAUCAGGUGGAGGAGGCGGCUAACUUGCUGUCGCGGCUUAACAUAGCAUCCGAGGGCAAGGCGGCUAUGAGCAGAUUGGAAUGGACGGGACAAUAUAAUGAGAACAAGGAUACGACAAGGAUCGUCGAGCUGGACAGCGACGACGAGGAAGAUCCGCUGAAGAUACUAGCUCAGCCUACGGGAACUGGUGUACACAAGAAGAUAGUUAUACACGUGGCACCUGAAGAAAGCCUGAUCAAGCCAGAAGACAUAGCGGAGAUUGAAACCUUCAAGGCGGAUCCUUUAAACGUGGAGCACGUGAGGUAUAUCGUCGAUAAAGUGGAGAAGGCACAGGAAACGAAUAAAAGGGAGCCGUUCAAGCCGUAUAAAACGACCAAGAGCAACGUGCACGACCCAAUGAAGGAGAAACAGCGGAAGCUGCAUAAAAAUUGGGAGGUCACGGCAGCUACGCCGCCUCUUAUAGUUCACGGAGCAGCCAAGGUUUUGAGUUUUAAUGAAUCUUUGAGAUUGCAGAAAGAACAAACUGAAAGAUUACAGGAAAUUCAAAUGAAGCACGCAGUGGAACGUCUGGCUGCUCAAGUAGGAUUGUACGGCACGAGUCCAAUGCCACGCAAUAUUGAUCAUUAUCGUUCACAUACGAACGGCUCACUUUCCUCGUCUUCCUCCGACGACGAAGAGCACGAAGUGCACGACGAGGAAGACAACGAUAGAGGCGGCACAGUUAUGUUCACCGUGGAUUCAAUAGAAAGCUAACAGACUAUUAUAUGUUGUACACAUGAAACUUUUAGCGUUGAAAAUAUGUAUUUAUUUUUCUAAUAAGAUAAUUUUUAUUAUA